GAGUGCCGCGCGUUCACGCGACCAAUCCUAACCUAAUUUACAGAGCAGCAGUGAAGUUGGUGAAGUUAGAAGACGGGAAAACAAGACUUCGUGAACAGAACGGAAGCUUAACCAGCAAAACUACGGAGGCAGGCACCAACUAAGCAACCCACUAUGGACGAUUUAGAUGCUUUGCUUGCAGACUUAGAAUCAACAACAUCCCACAUCUCAAAGCGUCCAGUCUUUCUACCUGAUGAAACUCCGUAUUCCAUCCCCACCGGAGGACAGUCCUUCCAAGAUGUGUCAACACCACCACCUCUUCCUCCCCCACCCUCAGCUGAGGCUCUGAACGGGACCCUGACUGAUCGUCCAAACUCCCACCUCUCAUGUCAGCUAUCUGUAGGUUCAGCCCAGAAGAGCUUGUGGUCUAGGGACAGCAGCAGUUCCCCCCUGUCUCACGCUGAAGAGGACCACGUUUACAGUUUUCCAAACAAACACAAGACUUCCGACUCAUCUUCUGUAGCCAUGACAUCUGGCCUCGGCAGUAACCUGUCAGAGCUCGACAGACUUUUACUGGAACUUAAUGCAGUCCAAAAAAGCUCCCCUUCCUUCCCCACUACAGAAGAGGCAGCUCCACCUUUACCAUCCUGCAGCAUCAUCCACUUUGAAAAUGGGGGCACCCCUGAGAUCCUUCUAAGUCCCCCAUCUCAGGAGAAAUCAAUAAGAAACGGUGCAAAGUUGGAGGAAUCCCGACCCACGGUGAAGAGCCUGCUGGACGAGCUUGAAGGACCAGUGCCUUCACCAAGCCCUCCUGCUCGCCACAGUGAUUUGGAUACGCCCUCGCAACAACAAACCAGAAUUUCCGCUUCCUGUGCCACAAGGGAACUGGAUGAACUGAUGGCCUCUUUGUCUGACUUCAAGCCUAAUUCUUGGGGGGCUUUGCAAGACCCAGGAAAGGCACCCUCCAGCUUUCCUUCAUUUUCCUCCGCUGUCACCCUUGUGCCUUUCUCUUCCCUUAGUCUAUCCCACCCACCUGCCUCUACUCUAUUGUCAUUGUCUGCUGGUGUAGAGCUGCACAUAGACGAGGAUGAAAGCAGUGGUGGCAGGUUGGUGCCUCGUCCAGGCCAGUGUCCUGCUCACAGUCCUGCAUCCUCACUGUCUGCAGCAAGCGACGUAGACCUGGACUCUGAGAUGGAAGGUUCUGCCACCAUGCUGGUUUCUCAAACCAAGACCUUGCUAGUCCUCUCUCAGUCUGCUCCCUCCAACUCCAGUUUGUUGUCAAACGGCUCGAGCCUUUCCAAUAUUGCCAACCUCUUUGCCUUUCCUGUUGAAACUGUCGUGGACCAGAAGGCUUCCAAGUCUUCCAGCCUGUCUGGUGAGCGGAUCUCGCCUUCAGUUGCUGUUGGUAAAGUGUCUUGUGCUGCGGAGCUUCUAAGCAAAGAGUAUGCUUGCUGCUUUAAAAAUAAUUUAAAUUUCUAUAACUCACUUCCUUCAAAAAGGCUUACUCCUCCGGACUUGUUACCCCACCCUGUUGCAGUGUCCCAACCGUCUGCAUACAGCCUGUCCAAAAUAUCAUCACCAUCUCCAGUCUCCUCAGUAUUGGUGCCCUCACCUCCUAAGUUCACUUUUACCAGCAGACAGCUGUCAUCAGUAGCCCAGUGUGACACUCCUCUCACUGUGCAGCAGCCCCCCAUAGUGGAACCCUCCCUGGAUGAGGCACUGGACAAGCUGCUGGAAAUGAGCUUCAGUCCCAAUCACACAGGACAGGAGGCGCACCUGAGCAUAGACGCAUGUCAUCUCCACAGAGAAGCGCAGGAGGAGCUCAUCCUACCGAUGGACAGAAGCAGUGUGCAGCCGAACACUUUCACUGCAGCAACCAACACUCUCACGGACUACUCACAAGACGGGGGCACUGAGGGGAACGGAGGUCUGGAUUGGGCUGACGAGGAGCUGUCAAUGUCCCUGCGUGACGGACUGGAUGGCACCAUGACUCCUUACACAGAGAGGCUGUACACAGAUGGCAGCAUGACGCCGCUGACAGAGGCCAGCUGGAUGGAUGAUUCCAUGACCCCCUCCUCAUGCCCGGGGAGCCCUGAUGUUGCUCUGGACCUCCCCCUGCUUCAGACUCCUACUAUUGACAGAGUGUCUGCAUCAGGACAUAUCAAAUCAGUGAUCAGGCGUACUAAGGAGACGGACAACUUUCACCCCAUGUACCGGGAUGGCCAAAUACGCAGGAAGAUGGGACCCAUCAUUGUCAACAAAAACAGCUCCCAGGACCGCCUAAUAGAGGAGCUGCAGGGGAAGCUGGGGAUCGCUCGCUCAGAGCGGCGGCGCAAACAGUCUGACGACUGGCUGACUGAGGGCGUCGUCGUCUCCUCCAAACCUCAGCGUUUCCGUCUUGAGGGGGUUUCCACUGAUGUGGACAAGAUUGUUUUUCCCUCGGAGUCACCUCUCCCUGCCAGGAGGGUACUCCCUCCUCUGUUUCCUCCUACCUCCUGUCGAGCCCCCGUUGUAGAAGAAUCUAAAGCACAAGUCCCAGUUUCGCACUCUCCUGUCCCGAUACCACCACCACCUCCUCUACCUGCCUGCACCCCCCCACAAACCACCCACGUUCAGCAGCUAGUUUUUGUUGCACCUCCACAGAUUAAAACAACCCCACCUCCGCAAGCCCCAAUUAAGGACCAUCAGAGUCCAAAGCCGCAGCCCCUUCCUGUUCUCAACACCCCAGCCAGACCACCUGCAGUGAAGCCAGUGCAACCAGCUGCCCCCAAAGUCCUGGUGUCUGUAGGCUGCCAAACAGAGUAUGAUCCAAUCUUCCCUCUGAUGCAGAUUAUGGCACAAUGGAAAGGUGGUGCUUCUGGCGGGCCUCCAACGCAGGUCAACAAGCUGGACAACAUGCUGGGCAGCCUGCAGUCUGACCUCCACAAACUCGGAGUUCAAACGGUUGCUAAAGGAGUCUGUGGUGCCUGCUGCAAGCCUAUUGUGGGACAGGUGGUGACUGCCAUGGGCCGCACAUGGCACCCUGAACAUUUCGUGUGCACGCACUGUCAGGAGGAAAUAGGCUCCAGAAACUUUUUUGAGCGAGAAGGACAGCCGUACUGCGAGAAAGAUUACCAUAAUCUGUUCUCUCCACGGUGCUACUACUGCAAUGGGCCCAUACUGGAUAAAGUGGUUACCGCACUGGACCGGACAUGGCAUCCUGAACAUUUCUUCUGUGCCCAGUGUGGAUCCUUCUUUGGCCCAGAAGGUUUUCAUGAAAAGGAUGGAAAAGCUUAUUGCAGGAAUGAUUACUUUGACAUGUUCGCACCAAAAUGUGGCGGCUGUGCCAGAGCCAUUCUGGAAAAUUACAUCUCAGCGCUGAACUGCCUUUGGCAUCCGGAGUGUUUUGUUUGCAGGGAGUGCUUCACCCCAUUUGUGAAUGGAAGUUUCUUUGAGCACGACGGCCAGCCCUACUGUGAAGUGCACUACCACGAGCGGCGUGGCUCCCUCUGCUCUGGCUGUCAGAAGCCCAUCACAGGACGCUGCAUCACAGCCAUGUCCAAGAAGUUCCACCCAGAGCACUUUGUUUGUGCCUUUUGUUUGAAACAGCUCAACAAAGGCACCUUCAAAGAGCAGAACGACAAACCCUACUGUCACAGCUGCUUCGUCAAACUUUUCAGUUAGGGAUCUUAUUAGCUUGGUGCGACAUAUGAGAUGACAUAUAUGUUCCAAUCAGUAGCCGCGGUUACAUGGGCAGAAUAUCUUGAUCGGAUCAAUGGUCGGGUUAAAAUUCACCCGUGCACAAGGGAUCAGAAAACCUUUUUCCGAUUAGAACAAAGGUUCCCAUGGCUCACACUUUCGGUCGGAAUGAAUGAUUUGGGCAUGCGCAGUAGUGUUAAAAACUCCCGGAUGAGGAAAUAAGUCCCGUUCUAAUCAAACAGCUGCCACAGACAUUUAUUUUAUGCAGCAGCUCGGUAAUAUAAGAGACGAUCUUCCAAACGUGCUUUUAUUGAUGUCAUGAACAUGCACGUAAAUGUGUGGGAAU